CAGGUGAUAUGCACUAUAUUUUAGGUUAGGUCAAUUUGAUUGUUGUUAUCCAACAUAACGGGUGAUCAUCCGAAAACCAAGUGAAAUGUGAAUAAUAGUAUUAAAACAACGGACCAAUUAAUUAGCGGGCAGAAUGGACCGGGGACGUUUUUCCCUGUUGCAACUGGAUCCGGGUGAAAUUUAUUUCGAGGACUUCAGUGCGAUUUUCAUACCGCCGGACACGACUCCGAAAACGUACGACGUCAAAAAGCAAGAUGGGAGACUGAAAAUGUGCUCCAAAUCCCUUGUUUUUGAUCCAAAAGACAUAAACAAGCCCCUCAUUAAGAUCCCCCUCAGAGACUGUGUGGUGAUUGAGCAGUGGAAGGGCAGCGCCAAAUUUUUGAACAGCAACAACGUCCUCAGCGUCAACUGCCGGGAGCACAUUGAAAUGUUGGAGGGCAAUGUGAUUGCACCGUAUAAAUUUAAGGGGUCCGAUAACUUUCUGUUUUUGUUGAACUAUGCCAACAUUAUGAAUUGUUUGCCUCAAAUCUGUCAGCUGCACAGGGCCAGCACUUUACAUGCGGCUGAGCAAGCUGACAUGAUAGCCACAAUAGUCCACUCAAGGCAAGCUAGGGUCAGCUUUGAUCCACUGUGGCUGGAUUUGUAUGAAAAGGUAUUACUUGAAUCCCAGGCAGACAAAGUCAGCCCUUUAGUCGUGAACCCUGGAAGAGUUGUUUUGUCUACUUCAAGAUUGUUCUUUCAACCCUACAAUAAUAUUGAGCCUGUACCAGUCAUUAAAAUUGAUCUAUGCAGUAUUAAACGUAUUGUCAAAAGGAGAUUUUUGCUUAGACACAUUGGUUUGGAGAUUUAUUCAAACGAAAAUAGCGCCAACCCACAUAUUUAUCUAUCAUUCAGAAAUCAAACAGAAAGGGAUAAUUUUUAUCAAAGGAUUUUUGAGCAACCAGAAUUAAAUAUAACUGAGUUGCACCAAGAUGUAAUAACACUACAGUGGCAAAAUGGAAUUAUCUCCAAUUAUGAAUAUUUAGAAUACAUUAACAGUCUAGGUGACAGAACAAUCAACGAUCUGACCCAAUAUCCAGUAUUCCCAUGGAUUAUAUCAGACUACACGAGCGACACAUUAGAUUUAAACGACCCCAAAAACUUCAGGGAUCUGUCCAAGCCGGUCGGUGCCUUAAACCAGGAACGAUUGGAACGUUUGCUGGAACGGUACAACGAGAUGGGGCAUCCGAAAUUUUUAUACGGGUCCCACUAUUCGACUCCCGGCUUCGUCCUCUAUUAUCUGGCACGUUUGUACCCUCAUUACGUGCUGUGCCUUCAGAGUGGCCGCUUCGAUCACCCGGACAGGAUGUUCAACUCGUUGGCGGACGCAUUCAAGAAUUGCCAGAACAACAUGUCCGACUUUAAGGAGUUAAUUCCCGAGUUUUACGACGUGUCACAGGGUGGGAGCUUUUUGGUCAACAACAUGGGCAUUAAUUUCGGCUACAGGCACGACAACGUCAGGGUAUCCAACGUGCAACUUCCGCCGUGGGCGGACAGUCCAAAGCAUUUGAUUGAAGUACUUAGGGAGGCGCUCGAAAGUGAUUAUGUAUCGAGGAACUUGCAUCACUGGAUCGACUUGAUUUUUGGCUACAAACAGAAAGGGGAAGAAGCUAUAAAAGCUAAUAAUUUAUUUUAUUAUCUGUGUUAUGAAGGAAAUGUGGAUCUGGCUUCCAUAACUGAUUUGAAUGAAAGACACGCCUUAGAGGUGCAAAUCAUGGAGUUUGGCCAAAUACCGAAGCAAGUUUUUAAAGUACCGCACCCCCAAAGGAUACUGGGAACUCCCAUUACAACUGAACCAUAUCAAAUUGAAGAAAUCAAGAACAUAAAUGAAAACUGGAAAGACGUCAGCGAUAUUGAAUUGGUAACCAGCUUCAAUUCGCAUAAAGGAGCCGUAAAUUACCUAUUCAUCAGCGAUGACGGCACCAAAGUCACGUCCGUGGGUCACGACUCAAAAUUAAAGGUGUUUUCUUUGCCCCAGAACAAACAAACCAGAUCUGCAAACAUUGGUAACAUGCCCCUCAGUAGUUGCAUCCAGUUACCCAACAUCAGCGUCUUAGUUAUUGGUAGCUGGGACAAUCAAAUAGUAUUAUACGACUUAGAUUACGGAAAAGUGACCGAAACAGUCCUGGCGCACGAAGACGCCAUCACCUGCAUGUCGUACGGAUUCAAGUCUAACUUGUUGGUCUCAGGAAGCGGCGAUUGCACCGUCAAAAUUUGGAAGGGACUGAACAACAACGGCGUCAUAAAACCAAUUCAGUGUCUUCAAAAGCAAAUCGACCACAAUUCGCACGUUAACUGUCUUAAUUUUAAUGCGGAUGAUUCUUAUUUAGCUGUGGGAACCGACGACGGUGAGAUUUACAUAUGGGAAACAAGCGAAUUUACAUUGUACAAAAAGUAUCAAGUUCUUCCUUCAAGUAUAAAAACCAUCAGCUUCAGUCCGGACGGAUUGAAGCUGGCAGUUGGUGGUGCAGAUAAAGUUUUUCAAAUAUUAGAUGUUACCACUGGUAUGCCAGUGUGCACCAAAACUGUUAAAUCAUCGAUAACAACCCUUAAAUGGAACGAUUUCUUAUUAGUUUUUGGCUGUGAGGACGGAGUACUUUAUGUUUGGGAUAUAAUAGAAGUUAAGUUGUUGUUUGAAGUUCAGGCACACACAGGAUGCAUCAAAACUGUGGACAUAUCAUUUGAUCAAAGUUUUAUUGUGACUGGCGGUCAGGACCGCUCGAUUAAAGUGUGGAAACCAAAAUAAUAAAUGAUUUUAUAUUUUAACUAUAAUUAGGAUUAAGUCAAUCUAUUGUGAUACAUUUUUAAUAAAACGUUUUAUUAUCUA